AUGAACACAUUCGGCAGUGGAAAUUGGAUGGAAAUGUGUCAGGUGAUUGCCCCGGCUGCUUGUUGUGCUCUCCUGGAGAGCAAGAGAGGAAGGGAGAGUGCCGUGCAGGAGGAAGACCCUGUCAGAGGCCGAAACAACCAGCUUUUACUCACCGGAAACCUCUUACGUUUACUUUACACGCAGUGGAUUAAUUGCCGGGACUCGUGGAUUGGAAACAUCAUGUCUUGGCUGAAAUCUGUGUCGUCUAGCGAGGAUGUCUUCGACGAGGAUGUAGAUGACAUUAGUCUGCAAAACAAAGAAUGGAAAUACAACAUGGAAAAACGCGCCAAGGAUGGUUUCAGAGAUGGAAGUGAUGCAGGGAAACAAGACUCACUGCAGUUUGGUUUCAACACGGGAUACAGAGAAGGAGCCCAAAAAAUGAGAGUCAUCGGUCAACUUAAAGGAAUCAUGAGUGUUGUGCGGUGCUGGUGUCAAGAUCAGCUGCCUGAAAGCCCAGCUUUAGCAUCUGUUACUGAUAUGCUCCAGAGAGUGGAGAUACAUGAGGACAAACUGGUGGAGGCCAUGAGAAAAGCCCAGGAAAGGCCUCCACACAGUGUGACAGAGAUGGUAGAUGACAUGGAUGACCUGAAUGUCAAGCAAAGUGACCAGGGUGGAGAGUCUGGCUGCUGCAAUAAGGAUGGGGACUGUUCUGGGACACAUGGCGCAAAUGAGCACUGCAGUAACAUCAAAGACACAAGUGAAGACUCAUCAAGGAGUUAUUUCUCUACAGGAGAUAGUUUUGAACAGCUGCUGAAGAGUUGCUUGGACUUAGUUACAGAAUUAGGGCUGCCCGAAGAGCUAAAACUUUGUAUUCAGCAGCUACAGAUACAUGAAAUGGAUUAG